CCUUAAGGUGAGAGAGGGGUACACCCUGGUUGCCAGCCUAUCGCAUGAUAACACAGAGAGACGGACAACCAUUCAUACUUACAAUCUCACCUACAGCCAAUUUAGACUCGCCAGUUACCCGAUGCAUGUCUUCAGACUGUUGGAGUAAGAGGACCCAGACUGGAAAAAAACAAAACACUGCUGACUCCUGAGGGUCAAGACAGAAAACCAAACCUCAGCUGUUGUCAGGAUGUGUUUCUAAUGAUCCGACGUCACAAGACGACCAUCUUCACAGAUGCCAAAGAGUCAACCACCGUCUACGAACUGAAGCGCAUCGUGGAGGGCAUUUUAAAGAGGCCACCUGAAGAUCAGAGGCUUUAUAAGGAUGACGUGCUGCUUAAUGACAGUCAAACUCUUGGAAACUGCGGCUUCACAAAUCAGACAGCCCGGCCUCAGGCCCCGGCCACGGUGGGAUUAGCGUUUCGUCUGAGUGAUGAUUCCUUUGAGCAGCUGAGGAUUGAGCCCUUCUCCACUCCCCCUGAGCUCCCCGACGUCAUGAAGCCCCAGGAUUCAGGCAGCACAGCCAACGAGCAGGCUGUACAGUGAGCUCAGAGGCGGGGGAAACGAGAGGGACACACAGGGGGUCGAAGGGAGGGGUUGAAUUUUUGGGAAGUGAUCCCUCAGCGGGUGAAGUUUUGCCUUGCCGACGACCGAUCUUCAGCUGGGCGUAAACAAUUUCAAACGCGGAUUCCCCCUUGGUGUAAAUGUGAGGGUGCUUCAAAGUGGUUCAUUUUGUCCUGAAAUCGGCGAACGCAUGCUAGAUAAAUUGAUAAUUACACAAAAGACCCCACAGAGAUACCUGACGGACUUGUCACGACACUGUCAGUCAUCCACGGGGUUGGUAAAGGCUGAACAUGAAUAAUUGUACCUCGUAUUUAAUGAAUUCUAGUCUUUAUUUGGAGUAAGGCUGAUGCUGCCUUACUUGUGUUCUUUAAUUUGCUGGCUUCAGAGUGGGAUUUGACAAGGUGUCGCAUUUUUAGGUUUUUAUGUUUGUGUUUCUUUAUUAAAAUAUUACUAGGAUUAACUUUUUUGGGGGGUGGUUUGGAUAUGUGUUGCUGCAAUAGCUUGGAGUUUGUGAAUAUCUAAGUUACUGAGACUGAAUGACUCAUUUGAAUCUUCAGUACACGUCUUCAGGCAUAGCAGCAAUCAAAAUUCAAGUUGUGGCGAUUAUUCUUUACUUUUCCCUUCUUAACAUUGAUGGAGACCUCUUCACCUUUCCUCAGCAACAAUUGGUUGUAGCCUGUGACUUGCUUGACAGUCUGAAGUGAAGAGGUGACACGUCGUGGUUAAAUUAUGAGCUGUGCCUGGCUGCUUAUUUUGCCUCCCAUUUAUCCCGGAACCAUAGCUCAUUUAUGUCAUGCUGCAGUUUGUGCUGUAUUUUACACUGUUAAUACCAUAAUGCGUAUUAUUUUCAAAAAAUAAAAAUAAAAUUGUAUUAGAAAUAAACACUUCUGCACAUCAAAACUUCACAUUAUGGUGUAACACUGGGUCUCAUGAUCUAGAAACUUAAUAAUGAUUACAAAAAAAAAAAGUCUGUUAUUACAGGAAGAAGAUGUAAUGGCCUGGUGGGUGUGGGAAAAGACGCUGUUUAAUAUUACAUUUAAAAGCAUAUUUGAAGAUUGAGGCUGUUAAACAGUGGGAUGUGAUGAUCAAAGUUGCACUUGUAACUGGUUUAACAUUAAAAGAAUUGUUUUUCA